AUGUUUAUUCUUGCAAAUCCGGUGGUAAUAUUCCUCUUUUUGAUAGAGGAGCAAAAAAUCGAGAGAGAGGCGGAGAAGAUGGAAGAGAAAGAGAAUGCUAUGACUGCAGCUGCAGAAACUACUGUUAUUCGUCCUGGCUCUGUUCUUUCUCCCAGCGAGGGAAGUGUUGGUGGAGAAGAUGAUCAGGGGAUUGGAGGAAGAAGUGGUGUUAUUCUGGGAGCUGGCGGUGGAGCCAUACAUCAGAAUCUAGUCUCACGACCAAAACACUCCACCUUGCGCUCCGCCGUCGAGCAGCAGAUGUUCGCCGCAAGGGAAGCAGGUCGCGCUGCGCGAAGAAAAGAGUGCGUCGGUCUCAUCAAGAAAGUGCGUAAUCUGCGGAUCGCGGAGCACGCCGCUUCUGGUGGCAAUAUCGACGAUGAGGAAGAAGAUGAUGGAGAAGAAGAUGAUGAGAUCUUCGAGUCUCUUUUUGCGGGUGGCGAUUGGGGAGAUGACGAUGAGGAAAAAGAUGGAGGUGGUAGUGGAGGUGGUGGACUUGGUGGAAUGUUUGAUGCCCAAGCCAUGAUGGUCUAG